GUGUGGUGGUUCUGUAUGUUCAGCAUGUUGGCCUGAUGAGAGUACAAACCUUCAUCUUUUACAAAGGAGCAUUCAUGGCUAAAGAUAGAAAUGUUUGUUGUAGCUUAGUGACAAAGUACUGUAGUUAAUUGUAGAAGACAGGUGUUGAGUUUGGUAUGUAAAUCUAUACUGCAAGGGGUAUAAUGGCUGGUCUCCUUCACAUUGGAAGGGAUAUGGGAUGAAGAGAAAAAAGACCUAAAAGCUGUCACCCAUGAACCUGGAGUAAGAGUUUCACUUCCAAAAGAGUGAAUGUCAAAUUCUGGCUGAAGUGCUAUGGAACUUCGUCGAAGGUUCUGGAUUUUUAAAAUCUUUUUAUUAAGAAGGUAUGAAUAUAUGGGAAAGAAAUGUAAAUGCAUAUUACCAUUACCAUCUUUGUAGUUUAAGGUACUGGAUUUCUGUACAAUUAAUUUAGAACUUUCUUGGUGAAACUAAAUAUUUAAUUUUGUCAGAUUUAUGUCAGAGUCAAUGAAGUGAUGUUGUACUCAUAGAAAUUGCAGUCAUUGUACUUCAUUUGCAAUACAUUUUAUGUGUAUGGAUUCAUUUUUAGAUAUAUAAACCCAUUUAAUAUUCGUAAAUGCUUUCAUUUUUGCAUGCAAUCUUGUCCUUAAAUGAACAAGUCUAAACUUUGAUGUUAGAUGAUGCUGUUUGUGUAAGAGAUUGUUUUUAAAAAAAGGAUAAUGGAUUACUUUAUGGUGGAAAUUUUUCUUAAAAAGUAGCACUUCUCUCUGUAAGGUCAAUACAAAGAGAUGCAUUAGUUUGUGUUCAUUUAUAGAUUUGGGGAUGCAAUGAAAAGAGCACAUGAUUCAAGGACAGAAAAGCUAAAAUGAAUCCAGAACACUCUUUAGAAUUUCCUCUGAAAAAGGAAAUUAAAGAGCCAUCGCUACCCUCUCUAAUCACUUGUAAAAAUGAAGAUUUGGUUGAUUACAGUACAGCUGACAAUGAUGGCUGUUCACUGGAUCCAAUGUUAGAAGUCAAGAUAAAACCAGAAUUGUAUGAUCCUAACACUAGUAAAAAAGAAGUGAGUGAAGAAGGAAGUGUUCAUGUGUGGACUGGUAUCCAAGAUGAAGGUGAUGUAUAUUUUGAGUCCUGUAAGAAACAGAAAGGAAGACUUAAAAAACAGCAGAAAAUCCAGAAGGAAAAGGAGAGAUUUUUAUCCAUUGUAAAUGGAGAAAAUUUUCCACGGAAGGAGGUUCUUGAGAACCAUGUGGUGAUCCAUUCCGAAGAGCAGCUCAUGAACAGUGAAUUGGGAAAACCUUGUCAUGAAAGUAAUUUAAAAACUCUGGUGUUAAGUCACCCUGGAGAGAAGCCAUUCAAGUGUGAGAACUGUGGAAAGAAGUUUGGUCAGAAAUAUACGCUCAAAAAUCACAUGCUAAUUCAUACUGGGGAGAAGCCAUUCAGAUGUAGUGACUGUGGGAAAGGAUUUUCUCAGAAAAUUCACCUUGCAAAUCAUGUAAGAAUUCACACUGGAGAAAAGCCAUUUGUUUGCAGUAAUUGUGGGAAAGCGUACGCCCAGAAAAUUCAGCUUACUGAUCAUAUGAGGAUACACUCGGGAGAGAAACCAUUUAGUUGCAAUGAGUGUGGGAAAGCCUUCUCGAGGAAAAGCUUUCUUAGGAGACAUAUGAAUAGUCAUGCUGGAGUGAAGUCUUUCAGUUGCCCUGAUUGCGAGAGAGCAUUUUCUCAGAAAAUCCAUCUCACAAAACAUAUGAGGAUUCACACUGGAGAAAAACCGUUCAAAUGCAGUGAGUGUGGAAAAACCUUUUCUCGGAAAUAUUCUCUCAAGAGUCACUUGAAGUGUCAUAAUAGAUAGGUUGUGGUAGAGCUUUAUUGGAAAAAUCAGAUUAAAAAUCAUUUGAGGAUUCAUAGUGGUGGGAAACCUUUGGGUUCUAAAAAUGAAGGCAGUGGGUAUUUGCUUAAAAGUAUCCUUAGAACUUGUAUGAGGAAAUGUAGUAGAGAAGUCACUCAUCUGCUCUGGAUGUGGUGACUCCAUAUUACAAAUCCAUAAUAAAAUCAUGUAUGAUGUUGCACCAGAAAGAAUUUAUUUAGAUACAGUGAAUAUUAAAAAAUUUUAUUCAAAAAAUGAUAGGAUUCACACUUGAGAAUAGCAUUUUGGUUGCAGUGAAUGUGGGGAAGUCUCCUUAGAAAACUUUAGAGGUUAUAGGAUUAACCUGAGUGGAGGGAUGUACAUUAGAUGCAGGGUAUGAGGGAAAGCUUUUUCUUAUUAAAAUGAUCAUACAAAGCAUAAGUGAUAUCUCAUAGUUCUUGUGAGAAUGUGCAUAGAGGAGGUAAAGUUUUGACUACUAAGAAUAAAAAAGGCUAAUGUCAAAAAAUGUAAACUGGGAGCUAAGACAGGUAAGCCUCGUUCCUAAGUCUAAAGGCAUUCCUUGCAGAAAACAUCUGAGUUCAUGCAGGAAGUGGAAAAUAUCUAAAAAAAAAAGUAUAAAAUUUUUUAUUGUAUAGUGGCAGUAAUGGGAAGCGAUGUACAAGGCAUGCCAUGAUUAAAGAGGAAUAUGGUUUAAAUGGAUGCAUCUCAAAAGUUGCAUAAGUUUUGAGGACGGAAGACAAUGAAACCAGUCAUUUUUGUGGAGAAAGGAUAGUAUAUACAUGUAUGAAAACCAUAUUUCCAAGUUAAUAUUGAGGAAUUCCCUUUGCAUCUGUCACUUGACAUUUUUUAAAAAUAAAAUGUUUGACGUUA